CAACAGGGGAGCUCCGAUACGACUAACACAAAUACAAACAAUUCGCUCUGCAAUCAGGCGGCCUUUCACGCGGUCAGCGCGGACGAAGAGCAACAGCCGGAGGAGCACCAUCGGCAGCGACAGCAGCACCAGCACCAGCACCAGCACCAACAGCAACUGCUGCGGGACGAGGAGGAGGAGGCUAUCAUCAACGAUAGCGACGAUGUGGAUGGCAGCAGCGAAUCGGACGCUCUGCAUCAGGACACCUCCAGCUGUGAGGUCUCAUCGAUGACAAUGACCGUUUGGUCAGCCAUUGGCCAGCGGCUCAACGCGCUCGUCUGCCACUGCUGUGAGCGCAAGUUGCCCGAGCCGGAGAAUGUGUAAGAAGUCGAUGCCAAAUAUA